UUUUUCUCAUUUUCCACUCCCUUGCUCUCUGUUCACUUUACUCUCUCUGUCUCUCUCUCUCUCUCUCUCUCUCUCUCUCUCAAUCAGAAGGUUUUAGGUUUUUAAUCCUUGUAUCUAACUUUCAGCAAUCGGAGGAACGCAAGAGAAGCUCAAAACCCUAGCUCGGGAGCUCAAAAUGCAUGGACGCACGCGUCAUUCAAGCUAGAAAUCAAAAUCUUCGCCAUGAGCUUUACGGCUGAACUCACCAGUUUCAGUAGUUGAUAGAGGACGGGUGAGGAGUCAUGGAAGGAGACGAGCGUGAUGUUAUGUUGGCAUGCGUUAUUUCGGGGACCCUUUUUGUAGUUUUGGGUUCUGCCUCCUUUUCAAUACUUUGGGCAGUGAAUUGGCGGCCAUGGCGGAUUUAUAGUUGGAUUUUUGCCAGAAAAUGGCCAGAUAUUCUACAAGGACCUCAGUUGGGUAUAAUAUGUCGUUUUCUGUCUCUUUCUGCAUGGUCGGUUGUGAUUUCUCCUAUUGUGGUGCUUAUUAUAUGGGGAUCCUGGUUGAUGGUGAUAUUGGGUCGAGAUAUAUUUGGUCUGGCUGUAAUUAUGGCUGGCAUUGCACUUCUACUGGCAUUCUAUUCAAUCAUGCUAUGGUGGAGAACACAAUGGCAAAGCUCAAGAGCAGUUGCAAUUCUUCUUCUUCUGGCUGUUGCUCUACUUUGUGCAUACGAACUUUGUGCUGUGUAUGUUACAGCAGGCUCAAGUGCUUCUGAGCGAUAUUCACCUUCUGGCUUCUUUUUUGGUGUAUCAGCGAUUGCCUUAGCAGUCAACAUGCUCUUUAUUUGCAGAAUGGUUUUUAAUGGAAAUGGCUUAGAUGUGGAUGAAUAUGUUCGUAAAGCCUACAAAUUUGCUUAUUCUGACUGUAUUGAUGUUGGUCCUGUCGCUUGCCUACCAGAACCUCCAGACCCCAAUGAGCUAUAUCCUCGGCAAUCCAGCAGGGCCUUCCAUCUAGGGCUACUUUACCUUGGCUCAUUGGUUGUACUUCUUGUGUACUCCAUCUUAUAUGGUCUUACGGCAAAAGAGGCACAUUGGCUCGGGGCGAUUACUUCAGCUGCUGUUAUCAUUCUUGAUUGGAACAUGGGAGCAUGCUUGUAUGGGUUUCAACUUCUCCAAAAUCGUGUUGUAGCACUUUUUGUUGCUGGCACAUCUCGAGUUUUCCUGAUUUGCUUUGGGGUUCAUUACUGGUAUUUGGGACACUGCAUUAGUUAUGCAGUUGUAGCAUCUGUCCUUUUAGGUGCUGCUGUUUGUCGACACCUAUCAGUUACUGAUCCAUUUGCUGCAAGAAGGGAUGCCUUACAGAGCACAGUGAUUCGCCUGAGAGAGGGCUUCCGUAAGAAAGAUCAAAAUAGCUCAUCUAGCUCUUCAGAUGGUUGUGGCUCAAGUGUGAAACGCAGUAGCAGCGUUGAAGCAGGUCCCCUUGGAAAUGCUAUUGAGGUCAGUGGCAGAAAUCCAGCACCUUGUACUAGUGAUGCUAAUAACUGGAAUAAUGUUGUUCUCUGUGGAACUGCUAGCUCUCAUGAAGGGAUUAACAGUGAGAAGAGCAUAGAUAGUGGAAGGCCAAGCUUAGCCUUACAUAGCAGUUCUUGUCGUUCAGUUGUUCAAGAGCCUGAAGUUGGAAUCCCUUUUGCUGAUAGAAAUUAUGAUCACAAUAGCUCUUUGGUAGUUUGUUCUAGCAGUGGUCUUGAAAGCCAAGGCUAUGAGUCGAGUUCAUCGACUUCAGCAAAUCAACAAGCACUAGAUUUGAAUUUAGCUCGUGUGUUUCAGGAAAAGUUGAAUGAUCCAAGGAUUACAUCUAUGUUGAAACAGAAGGCAAGACAGGGUGAUCAUGAAUUGACUAGUUUAUUAGAAGAUAAAGGAUUGGAUCCUAAUUUUGCCAUGAUGUUGAAAGAGAAGGGAUUGGAUCCCACCAUCCUGGCAUUACUGCAGAGAAGUAGUUUGGAUGCAGAUAGAGAUCAUCGGGACAACAAUGAUAUCACCAUUGUUGACUCAAACAGUGUCGACAAUGCUUUGCCCAAUCAAAUUUCCCUUUCGGAAGAACUGAGGCUUAAGGGGCUGGAGAAGUGGCUUCAGUUGUCCAGACUUGUUUUGCACCACGUAGCAGGAACUCCUGAGCGAGCAUGGGUUCUCUUUAGUUUUAUUUUCAUCCUUGAAACAAUAGUUGUUGCCAUUUUUCGUCCCAAGACAAUUAAAAUUAUUAAUGCCACACAUCAGCAGUUUGAAUUUGGCUUUGCAGUGCUGCUUUUAUCUCCUGUUGUCUGCUCAAUUAUGGCAUUUCUUCGAUCACUUCAAGCAGAAGAAAUGGCCAUGACAUCGAAACCUCGUAAGUAUGGUUUCGUUGCUUGGUUACUCAGCACUUGUGUUGGCUUGCUGCUUUCUUUUUUGAGCAAAUCAUCAGUUCUUCUUGGAUUAUCAUUAACUGUCCCACUAAUGGUGGGAUGCCUUUCUGUUGCCACUCCUAUAUGGAUCCGUAAUGGUUACCGAUUUUGGGUUCCACAAGUAGAAUGUGUAGGUCAUGCAGGAAGCCAUGCUACCCCAGGGACAAAGGAGGGUGUUGUUCUUGGCAUUUGUAUAUCUUUAUUUGUUGGAUCUGUAUUAGCUCUGGGUGCAAUAGUAUCUGCCAAGCCUUUAGAUGAGUUGGGUUACAAGCCUUGGACUAAUGACCAAAAUAACUUUACAUCUCCUUAUGAGUCUUAUUUGUAUCUUGGCUGGGCAAUGGCUUCCGCAAUUGCUUUAAUAGUUAGUGGCGUGCUGCCAAUUGUCUCAUGGUUUGCAACAUAUCGAUUCUCUCUCUCUUCUGCCAUCUGCGUUGGAAUAUUUGCAGUUGUUCUCGUGGCAUUUUGUGGUGCUUCCUAUAUGGAGGUUGUGAGUUCUAGGGAUGACCAGCUUCCAACAAAGGGCGAUUUCCUUGCUGCUUUACUUCCUUUGAUGUGCAUUCCAGCAUUGCUAUCACUUUGCUGUGGUUUGUAUAAAUGGAAGGAUGAUGAUUGGAAACUUUCUCAAGGUGUUCAUGUAUUUGUGAUUAUUGGUCUUCUUCUUCUUCUUGGUGCAAUAUCAGCCGUUAUAGUUAUAGUUAAACCUUGGACAAUAGGGGUAGCAUUCCUUCUGAUUCUUCUGCUGAUUGUGCUAGCUAUUGGUGUUAUCCACUAUUGGGCUUCAAACAAUUUCUAUUUGACCAGGACACAGAUGUUCUUUGUUUGUUUUCUUGCUUUUCUUUUGGCUUUAGCGGCAUUUAUGGUUGGAUUGAUUGAAGAUAAGCCCUUUGUUGGAGCAUCAGUUGGUUAUUUCUCAUUUUUGUUUCUUCUUGCUGGGAGGGCAUUAACUGUUUUGCUUUCACCUCCUAUUGUAGUUUAUUCUCCAAGAGUACUGCCUGUAUAUGUUUAUGAUGCUCAUGCAGAUUGUGGAAAAAAUGUUAGUGCUGCCUUUCUAGUGCUUUAUGGAAUUGCAUUGGCAACUGAGGGCUGGGGUGUUGUUGCUAGUUUGAAAAUAUAUCCGCCAUUUGCCGGUGCUGCUGUAUCAGCAAUCACUCUUGUAGUGGCGUUCGGGUUUGCUGUUUCUCGUCCUUGCUUGACCCUUGAGAUGAUGGAAGAUGCUGUUCAUUUUCUUGGUAAAGAAACCAUUAUUCAAGCAAUUGCCAGAUCUGCCACGAAGACCAGAAAUGCUUUAUCUGGAACUUACUCAGCUCCACAGAGGUCAGCUAGUUCAGCUGCUCUUCUUGUUGGAGACCCUACAGUUAUGCGCGAUAGGGCAGGAAAUUUUGUGCUCCCAAGAGCAGAUGUAAUGAAAUUGAGAGAUCGUCUGAAAAACGAGGAAAUUGCCGCUGGAUCGUUUUUCUGCAGAAUGAGAUUUGGAAGGCCAUUUUGGCAUGAUUCAACCAGUGAUGUAGGCCACAGAAGAGAAAUGUGUGCGCAUGCACGGAUUUUGGCAUUGGAAGAAGCAAUUGAUACUGAAUGGGUCUACAUGUGGGACAAGUUUGGAGGUUAUUUACUUCUUUUGCUUGGUUUGACUGCUAAAGCAGAGCGUGUACAGGAUGAGGUCCGCUUGAGACUCUUCCUUGAUAGUAUAGGGUUUCCCAACCUAAGUGCCAAGAAAAUUAAAAAAUGGUUGCCAGAGGACCGUAGACAGUUUGAAAUUAUUCAGGAGAGUUACAUAAGAGAGAAAGAGAUGGAAGAGGAAAUCUUAAUGCAGAGGCGUGAAGAGGAGGGAAGGGGUAAAGAAAGAAGGAAGGUUCUCCUUGAAAAGGAAGAGCGGAAAUGGAAGGAACUAGAGGCUUCUCUCAUAUCCUCUAUUCCUAAUGCUGGAAGUAGGGAGGCAACAGCCAUGGCAGCUGCAGUUCGUGCAGUAGGAGGUGAUUCUGUUCUCGAUGAUUCUUUUGCACGAGAGAGGGUUUCAAGCAUUGCACGUCGGAUACGCACAGCACAGUUAGCCCGCAGGGCCGUCCAGACGGGAGUUUCAGGAGCUGUAUGUGUCCUUGAUGAUGAGCCAACAGCGAUUGGAAGGCACUGUGGCCAAGUUGAUCCCAGUGUUUGUCGAAGUCAAAAGGUUAGCUUCUCUAUUGCAGUGAUGAUUCAGCCUGAGUCUGGACCAAUUUGCCUUCUAGGCUCUGAAUUCCAGAAGAGAGUUUGUUGGGAAAUCCUGGUGGCUGGUGCCGAACAAGGUAUUGAGGCAGGGCAAGUUGGGCUUAGAUUAAUUACUAAAGGUGAUAGACACACCACUGUGGCAAAGGAGUGGAGUAUCAGUGCAACAAGCAUUGCAGAUGGAAGGUGGCAUAUUGUAACAAUGACCAUUGAUGCUGUUAUAGGCGAGGCAACUUGUUAUCUGGAUGGAAGUUUUGAUGGCUACCAAACUGGGUUACCGCUGUGUGUGGGCAAUAGCAUUUGGGAACUAGGAACUGAAGUUUGGAUUGGCUGUAGACCGCCUACAGAUAUGGAUGCAUUUGGGAGGUCAGACAGUGAGGGAGCUGAAUCUAAGAUGCAUAUAAUGGAUGUUUUCCUUUGGGGGAGGUCCUUGACUGAAGAUGAGAUUGCUGCUCUUUAUGCUGCAAUUGGAACAGCUGAGUACAGUAUGGUUGAUUUUCCAGAAGAUAAUUGGCACUGGGCAGAUUCUCCAUCAAGAGUCGAUGAGUGGGAUAGUGAUCCUGCAGAUGUAGAUUUAUAUGACAGGGAUGAUGUAGAUUGGGAUGGGCAAUAUUCAAGUGGAAGGAAAAGGAGGUCUGAGCGUGAAGGGGUUGUACUUGAUGUUGAUUCUUUUGCCAGAAAGAUGAGGAAACCUAGGAUGGAAACACGAGAAGAAAUCAAUCAACGGAUGCUUUCAGUUGAAUUGGCUGUGAAAGAAGCCCUUUCUGCCAGAGGAGAGAACCAUUUUACUGAUCAGGAGUUUCCUCCUAAUGAACAAUCACUAUUUGUAGAUCCUGAAAAUCCUCCAUCAAAGCUGCUGGUUGUUUCUAAGUGGAUGAGGCCUAUUGAAAUGGUGAAAGCGAACCAUGUGGAAUCUCACCCAUGCUUAUUUUCUGGAGCUGCUAAUCCUUCUGAUGUUUGUCAGGGCCGAUUGGGUGAUUGUUGGUUUUUGAGUGCUGUUGCUGUUUUAACUGAGGUUUCGCGAAUAUCAGAAGUGAUUAUUACACCGGAAUAUAAUGAGGAAGGGAUCUACACUGUCCGUUUUUGUAUUCAGGGUGAGUGGGUCCCUGUUGUUGUGGAUGAUUGGAUUCCUUGUGAAUCCCCUGGUAAACCAGCAUUUGCUACAAGUAGGAAGGGAAGUGAACUAUGGGUCUCUAUAUUGGAGAAGGCAUAUGCUAAACUGCAUGGCUCUUAUGAAGCAUUAGAAGGUGGGCUUGUCCAGGAUGCUCUGGUGGACCUCACUGGAGGGGCUGGUGAAGAAAUUGACAUGAGAAGCACACAGGCACAGAUAGAUCUUGCAAGUGGAAGGCUAUGGUCUCAAUUGUUGCGCUUCAAGCAAGAGGGAUUUCUACUUGGUGCUGGGAGCCCUUCAGGUUCUGACGUGCACAUAUCCUCUAGCGGCAUUGUGCAAGGGCAUGCAUACUCAUUAUUGCAGGUAAGAGAGGUAGAUGGUCACAAGCUUGUCCAAAUUAGAAAUCCAUGGGCAAAUGAAGUUGAGUGGAAUGGCCCUUGGUCUGAUUCAUCAUCUGAAUGGACUGAUAGGAUGAAGCACAAGCUCAAGCAUGUUCCUCAGUCAAAAGAUGGUAUAUUCUGGAUGUCUUGGCAAGACUUUCAGAUUCAUUUUAGAUCAAUCUAUGUUUGCCGAAUCUAUCCCCCAGAGAUGCAUUAUUCUGUUCAUGGGCAAUGGCGAGGUUACAGUGCUGGUGGCUGCCAAGAUUAUGAUACAUGGAAUCAAAAUCCACAGUUUCGGAUGAGGGCGACUGGGCCAGAUGCUUCUGUUCCAAUUCAUGUUUUCAUCACCCUAACUCAGGGUGUGAGCUUCUCAAGAACAACAGCCGGUUUCAGGAAUUACCAAUCUAGUCAUGAUUCAAUGAUGUUUUAUAUUGGGAUGAGGAUACUCAAAACUCGUGGCCGUCGUGCUGCUUACAACAUUUACCUACAUGAAUCAGUUGGUGGGACAGAUUAUGUCAAUUCCCGAGAAAUAUCAUGUGAAAUGGUCUUGGAGCCUGAUCCAAAGGGUUACACUAUUGUGCCUACAACUAUCCACCCAGGGGAAGAAGCACCAUUUGUUCUUUCUGUUUUCACCAAGGCAUCAAUAUCGCUGGAGGCUUUAUAGCACAUAGUAAUGAUGGUUCAGUUGGUUGAUUUUGUUAUCCUUUGGCUUGAAAGAAGGUCUAAAGGUUUUCGAAUUGCUUGGGUUCUCCAUGGAUCAUCAAUCCUGCAGGCAGAUUUGUUGGACAGCAAAAUGGUGCACAUAAUGACCUGGUUGAAUAUGAUGUGGUUCUGAUUUCUGCUGUGAGGAUGAGCUCUAGGUUGGUAACAUUGGUUGGUGCAACUCUGCUUUCUGAUGCUCCUACUGGCUCACAUCAAGGAAUAUCCCAUAUUCCUGCAUGAGAAGGAAUGGGCCUUCACCUAGACAUGAUGGGAGUGACAUUGGAAUUGGGAUGUUCUACACAUUUGGUUCGUACGAAUAGAAUGGAACCGAAGGGAAUGGAAUCAAAUUUAUCACUUGAUUUUGUCAUAUUUUUCAUUCAAAUUUCUAUUUCAUUCCUUUCCUACUCCUAUUCCAUCUGCAAACCAAACAUGAUGUUAGAGGCUCUUUCAACCCUGUUUCCUUUGAUCACUUUCGUCUGCAAAGGUCAUAGAGGGUUCUCGGAGGUUGAUCUGUAUAUGAGUAGGUGUUGUAAGGAUAUGACCAUGUAAAUGAGAGAAAGAAAUGAGAGGGGGAAAAGAAUGUCGAAAAGAAACAGAAAAAUAACUAUAUAUCCCUUGUUCAAAUCUCAAGGGUUAUACAGGACAGCAUCGUGGCUGGAAAAGGAAAAGUUGUAUAGUUUUCCGCUGCAGUUUUGAAGUCCCUUGAUAAGAAACAGUCUCUGUAAAUGAGUUCCUUUUUGCAAUACAAUCUCCAUUUAUUUAGUCUAUCAA